UCCGAACCACAAGGCUCGGAACUCGGUCACCCUUUCUCCGCCUAUAAAUACUACCCAUGGUCUCUUUCCGCCCCGCGGGUCUCAUCCUUUUCAGGUCCCUAAAAUCGCAGAUAUUUAGUGGAAAUUCCGGAAAGAAAAAGUUACUGCUGAAAUGAGCACCAUGGCAAUGCCUUCUGGGGCAGCAGCAAAGUCUACACUCAACCCGAAUGCCCCACUUUUUAUCCCGGCAGCAUUUCAGCAGGUAGAGGAUUUCUCCCCCAAGUGGUGGGAGCUGGUGAAGACAACCACAUGGUUCCGUGAUCACUGGUUCCAUCAGCACCAGGAGCAAGAAACUUUUGAUGGCGAUGAUGAUGAGGAUGUCACAAAUCUGCUUCCAGAAUCUUUCGAUCUUGGCAUCGCAGAUGAGUUGUCGAUUCUCGAGGCGGAGUUUGAAGCUGCAGCUUACCACCAAGCUCUGGGUGCUGAAGAACUAGUUUCUGGUAUGCAGAAGAAAGAGAACCCAAAGCCUGGCUUCGAGAAUGAUGCAGAGGCAGUGAUCAGGAGCCUGAACUUGAAAUCUCCUAAGAAUGGCUGGGUGAGACCUGCUGUGGAACCAGCCAGGAUUCGAGCGAAGCCAUCGCAAUGCAUGAGCCUGAAGCGCAGCCCUCACCGCAUCAUUCAGCAGCCCCGUUGAGAACCUGUGGUUGUUGCCGUUGCGGCGGUGGGAAGCAGUUCAUGUCCAUUGUUCCUAUGCACAACUUAAAUGUACUUCUGUAUAGAACUAAAAUGUAGCUCUAGUGUUCUCCAGUUCUUGUUCAGGCACUGUGUUCAUCUGAUCAGCUAUGAGUAACAAAAAAAAGAGGAGAGUGACGUAACGAAGUUAAAAAAAAAAAAAUGCUCUACUUCCAGUUCAGAAAAAAAGAAGCUCCAUCAAAUGCGGUGUUUGCUGAAUGGCUUUCCAUUGCUGGGAAUGUUAAUGAAACUUUCUGUGCCCCUUCUUCCA